GACAAAAUUCCAUUUUCUCAAGUGCAGUUUGCAAACACGACAUGUUAUGGUGGUUGUGGCUGAUACUUAUUGCUGUUCCGUGGACGAGACAAUUAUGAGGGAAACAGAAGGAAAAUUCUCAGCUCCUUAAACAAUUUCUUCCAACAAUCCAUUGGAUUUUGUUCCUCAGCUACCCCAACAUGAGUAUUGUUGUUAGUCAUCAUUCGUUAUGGCGGUCGGGUGACGCGAUUUCAAGGUUCAAUAGCUCUUACCAUGGAACUAAACCAAGGUUGGCUCGAUCAAAACGGCCUCUUGCAGCUCUAGUUGAGGCGAGACCUACGGCUGUGCCUGCAGUUAACACCGCUACCUCCCUGCCGACCCAGCUGGUUUUGGCUGUGGAUCGAACUGAUGAUUUGCAGGCCGAGGCCAGGGCAAUGGCCCGGGCUUCAAACGCUCCCUUCUACAACCCGGAACUUCUUGCCAAAACGUACGGUUCUCGCCCAAUUGAGGUAUUGCAGAGGGCUCUGCAAAUUCUAGUUGCCCUUAGUUCAUUUGGAAUCAAAUUAUGGUUGGACAAAAACAGUGGCCAGCUCGAUCAAAAUAAAAGGCGGCGAGCUGCUGAGUUGCGAGGAAUUUUUACUCGAUUAGGUCCUACCUUCGUGAAAUUAGGCCAGGGAUUGUCCACCAGGCCAGACAUCUGCCCACCUGAGUACCUCGAGGAGCUUUCUCAGCUCCAAGAUGAUCUACCAACCUUCCCAGAUGCAGAAGCAUUUUUAUGCAUUGAGAAGGAGCUGUCAUUAUCGCUUGAUUCCAUUUUCUUAUCAUUAUCUCCAUCUCCCAUUGCAGCUGCCAGCUUGGGUCAAGUGUACAAAGCCAAACUCAAGCAAUCUGGCAAAGUGGUUGCCAUAAAGGUUCAGCGCCCUAACAUUGAAGAAGCUAUAGGACUAGAUUUCUACCUGAUAAGAAGCUUAGGAUUUCUCAUAAAUAAAUAUGUUGACAUCAUCUCAAGUGAUGUUGUUGCUCUUAUAGAUGAAUUUGCACGCAGAGUUUAUCAAGAGCUUAAUUAUGUACAGGAAGGACAGAAUGCUAGGAAGUUUAAGAAAUUAUAUGCUGACAAGGAAGAUGUACUUGUCCCAGACAUAUUUUGGGAUUAUACGAGUGGUAAAGUUUUGACAAUGGAGUGGGUUGAUGGUGUGAAAUUAAAUGAGCAGGAAGCUAUUGAGAAACAGGGGCUGAAGGUUUUGGAUCUGGUGAAUACUGGCAUACAGUGCAGCCUCAGACAGCUACUUGAGUAUGGAUACUUUCAUGCGGAUCCUCAUCCUGGUAAUCUGUUGGCAACACCGGAGGGAAAACUUGCCUUUCUAGAUUUUGGAAUGAUGAGCGAGACUCCAGAAGAAGCAAGAUGUGCAAUUAUCGGACAUGUUGUUCACAUGGUUAAUCGGGAUUACGAAGCUAUGGCUCGCGAUUAUUACGCUUUAGAUUUCUUGUCACCUGAUACUGAUGUUUCUCCAAUUGUGCCAGUUCUUAGGAAUUUCUUUGAUGACACACUUAAUGCAACUGUGAGUGAGUUAAACUUCAAAACAAUAGUGGAUGGCUUGGGUGCAGUAUUUUAUCAAUAUCCAUUCAAUGUGCCAGCAUACUACGCAUUAAUUUUGAGAUCCCUUACUGUACUGGAAGGGUUAGCGCUGUAUGCUGAUCCAAAUUUCAAAGUUCUGGCUGCUUCAUAUCCAUAUUUUGCUAAAAGGCUUCUGACAGAUCCAAAUCCUUAUCUGAGAGACGCGCUUAUUGAGCUGCUUUUUAAAGAUGGGAAAUUUAGAUGGAGUAGACUUGAAAACCUGUUGCUUCAGGGUAGAAUGGACAGAGACUUCUCAGUAAAAGAUGCUCUACAGCCGGUCCUGAAGCUUUUAUUAGGUCCAGAUGGCGAGGGACUCCGAGUCUUAGCUAUUAAGGAAGCUAUUCGUGUGACUGAAGCUUUUGUUUUAGGGACAGUAAAUGAUACGUAUAAUUCUAUCCCUGAUUUUAUGAGAACUCUAUUAUUUAGGGAUAAUGGUCCUCGAGCUCUUGGUAUGAGCAAUGAAGAGAAAGAAAGUAUGGUAGAGCUUCGAGAUCAGGUACUGAGGAUAUGGAGACUACUUCAGUCUUCUGAAAAUUUUGAUCCUACACUUUUGCAACCCAUUGUGCAGGUCCUACAACAGCCUGAGGCUCGCAGUUUUGGUGGCCGCAUUUUCAGUGGGAUUACUCAGCGUCUUGCAGCUCGGAUGCUUCAACAAGUACUUCGAGCUUCAACGACAGUGUCUGCUUCGACUGUAUAACCAUUGUUGAUUUGUGUACCUUUGUUAAUUUCUUCGACAUUCAAUAAUAUCACUGCUGGUAUAUUCGUCAUUGUUGCAUCAAUAGUGAUACCAAAAGAAAGUAAUAAUACCAUUCAUUUUUA